AUGAGUCCUUUAUCGAUGUUCAGGAAAACGAACAGACAAAUAUCAUCAGAAAUGAUCCAUGUGGACGAAACGGAUCCGGUGGGAGAAAUCGAACCACCUUUUCCCUGUCGAGAUGUCAGCAUUAAAAGGAGUACAGAUGUCAAUGAAUUUUACGAAAUGCUGUCCGAGAUCGGCAGGGGCAAAUUUGGAACAGUAUACCUCUGUCGCGAGAGAAGCACAGGACUGGAACUUGCUGCCAAACUUGUGUCCGUCAGCAGAAGAGAUGAGAGACGGAACGUGGAACGUGAAGUGGACGUGAUGAGGAGACUGCGACACCCGAGGCUUAUACAGCUGUAUGAUGCUUACGAAUGGGGGAAAUACAUGUGUGUGGUCCUCGAACUCAUAACAGGCGGUGAGUUGUUUGAGCGUGUCAUUGAUGAGGACUUCGUGCUGACAGAGCGAGCAUGCACCGUGUUCAUGCGACAGAUAUGCGAAGGCAUCGAGUUCGUGCAUCGGCAGAAUAUCCUGCAUCUGGAUAUGAAGCCAGAAAACAUCCUCUGUCUAACAAAGCAGGGCAACCGCAUCAAGAUCAUAGACUUCGGCCUAGCCAGGUUCUACGACCCGGAGAAGAAACUUCAAGUACUGUUCGGCACCCCUGAGUUUGUGGCACCAGAGGUUGUGAACUUCGACCAGAUUGGCUAUGGAACCGAUAUGUGGUCGGUUGGAGUCAUCUGUUAUGUUCUCCUAUCAGGUCUUUCACCAUUCAUGGGCGAGACAGACAUAGAGACAAUGGCUAACGUCACCGUCGCUAAAUACGAUUUCGACGAUGAAGCUUUCAACGAGAUCUCGGAAGACGCCAAGGACUUCAUCCAGAAGUUGCUCGUCAAGGACAAAGAGUCGCGGCCCAGCGCCACCGAGUGCCUCCGGCACGCGUGGCUGCAGCGACGCGCGCCGCCCCCGCACGCCGCGCACAACGGACAGCUCCCCACACCGCACCCCGCACCGCGCACUCCUGUGCCUGAACCUAAGAACGCUCUCGACGUCGCCAAGGACAACCUGCGACUCUUCGUAGAGCGAUGGAGUGAACACCCUAACUCACCAUACGUAUUCGAUAACCAAGCGCAUGAAAUCACAAGCCUAACAAACGGAAACUGUGAGAGAUCCUCUAUAGGAGGAUGCUCGCCUUCUCCUAGAAGUUCCCUGAGCAGCUCCCCUGAUGUAGUGUUUGAUGAAGACGACUUGGAACCACCACCGCUAAGAGAACACAAUUUCCUAUCUGCACCCAAAUACAAUCCUGUAGAAAGGCGAGCCUCUGACAGCACUUGCUUCCUGCACAAAAAGCAGGACGUACUCGUUAGGAAAAACUUAGCAGAAGAAAUAAAGAAACUGUCUGACCACUUGUAUAUGUUGUCCACAAUGAACACUGAUCUCGCAAACAACAACAGUAUGAAGGAACUAGACAAAAACAUCACAGAAACAAAGUCAGUCAAAGAGGAGAAACUACCAAAUGGUUUUAAGAAAGAAACAAGGUAUACGAAGACUGUUACGAACGGCGACGCGUCAGGUAAGGAAAAGAAACUGUUCACUUCAAAGUCAACGACAAAAAUAUCAUCGACAUUCUUAACAGAGAGGGAACCAGAGAAACCAAUGACAAGUAAAAUGCCCUGGGUGAAAACAAGCAGACCGAAACGAGUGACAAACAUGAGCAGAGACGUGCCGGACCAACCAGUAGACGUGCGGAACAGUUUCUUCCAGGAGUUCGACAGGAGACGAGAGAAGAUAGACAAAUUAGUGAAUGGUUCAGAUAAUGGUAGACAAAUGCCUUACAGAAGAGGAGAUGAGAACAAUGCGCAUCGGACGAAAGAUCUUCUUUUACAUCUUUUGGAGAAAUGGGGAGAGUCUGAGGAGGUGGAGGCAGAGAGGUCAGCUGGGGGCACUUCAAACGGAGGCAGACAUCAGUCAAUAUCCCUUGAGUGGUCUCCCUCUAACCAGUUGGGUCAAACGUCCAUGUCAAGCCUUCACGCAUUCUUUCAAAGACAGACUUCAGAUGAGAAGACGCAAAGGAAGAAAGUGACGACUAAUGUAGCGAAAUGA